CGUCACCUCUCUACUCACCAAGUGUGUUACUCUCUUCGUUGUCAGAUACGAUGUAAUCUCAAUGUGAACCAACUUUCUUGUGUUAUGGUCGUUACAGAAAUACAGAUUUUCAACUAUGACUACUCUACAUAAAAUCUGCACAACGGCCUAAGAUGGCGGAGGAGGUGGAACUAUUGAGUGUGGACAAUGUAACCUUCAACAUGACCUUGGAAGACUACCUUCUGAUGGCCAGAGGUCCCAAGCACCUCGCGCUGGAGGUCGUGGUCCCCAUCACCAUCAUCUACUGUGUCAUCUUCCUCACUGGAGUCCUGGGCAACCUGGCCAUCUGUCUGGUCAUCGCCAACAACAAGAACAUGCACACGGCCACCAACUACUAUCUGUUCAGUCUGGCGGUCUCUGAUGUCACCUUGUUGUUGCUUGGACUGCCCAACGACCUGAGCGUGUUCUGGCAGCAGUAUCCGUGGAUAUUCGGAGAAGCUUUGUGCAAAGUUAGAGCUCUUGUCUCGGAGAUGACGUCGUACACCUCCGUGUUGACGAUCGUCGCAUUUUCCAUGGAGAGAUACCUCGCCAUAUGUCAUCCCCUCCAUUCAUACGCCAUGUCAGGGCUGAGAAGAGCUGUUAGAAUCAUCGCAGUCCUGUGGCUGGUGUCUUUCAUCAGUGCGCUGCCUUUUGCUGCCUUCACUAAGGUCAACUACAUAGAUUACCCGCCAGGUUCACACAUCUGGGUGGAAGAGUCAGCGUUCUGUGGGAUGCUUGAGGAGAACGUGCCCAAGAAUCUGCCCAUUUACGAGCUCAGCUUCUUCGUCUUCUUCUUCGUCCCAUUGUGCGUCAUAAUCGCGCUGUACGCCAAGAUUGGGCUGCAGAUCCGGACUAACUCUCUGGGCAAAAGUGUGGACGGGACUGUACACGGGGAGACCAAGAAGUCACAGUCGAGGAAGUCGAUUAUUAGAAUGCUGACUGCCGUAGUGAUCACCUUCUUCCUCUGUUGGGCGCCGUUCCAUGCGCAGCGGCUGCUAUACAUCUACGGCCGCGACUGGACUCACUACUACACGGCAAAUGAGUGGCUCUACUACAUCGCCGGCUGUUUCUACUACUUCUCGUCCACCGUGAACCCGGUGCUGUACAACAUCAUGUCUGUCAACUACCGCAACGCCUUUAGAGCGACGCUGUUCGGACGACGCCACCGGGAACUUCACUCCAGCUUCCGCGAGAGCUACGUGGACGGAAAGUGGCAGAGGACGCUCACGUGGCGGAACAAUCAGAGUCCUCCAUCAACUAGGGACGUGGUUGUGAUAGUCACUCCAGACAAAUGUUGCACCACAGUCACUACCAAGACUAGGUACUGGCCCAAGACACUACUAAGAGUUACCAUGGGUAGAGACCCACCAGAAGAUCAACACGACAAGGUCUGCAUACAGAUGGAAACAUGUAUCUAACUGAGACAGAUCACACAGGAACCCCAUGUGUCUGGUUCAUCACCAGGCUUUUUUGACCAGAGCCUUUUCCAAGCUCCAUGUAUGUAGCAUUUCAGGAUGAAGUGCUUUGCAGUCUCGUCAGACUUGGUGUUUGCUGAAAUACCUGCAUCUUUACCCUCAACGAACAUAGGGCUGAACCUAACCUUCUUUGAAGCCGGUGGUAUUCAUCUCUUCGACACACCACUGAGGCUCGGCUGUAAACGAAUGGAAAGUAAGAGUGAGAAGAUUCUUCCAAUAGGAAAAAGAAGAAGAAAGAUCAAGCAAAAGAAGUGUUCUUUCUACUCAUAGAACCUAUACAAAGAAGAAGGGUCCGGGAGCUGGCUAGGGUAACUCUGGGUUACCAAUCUACAAGAAGCCUCCCGUUUAGUUGACAGACAACUACCCCUGAGGAGAUGUCGUAUAACAAGAGUUAUCAGCUUAACUGAGGAAUAUUUUGCACAAGUUAUUUUACUUCAUAAUACAAAUAUUUCACUUGACUUUAUCUCGAAGAAUAGAGGGAAAAUGACUACCACAAACAAAAAACAUAAUUGAAAAAAAUAUAUUUUUUUUCGGUUAUGAUAGGUUAUUGCAAGUUUGGUAAUGAUAAUGACAAACUGCGGGAAGUUAAUAAUCAUAUAAGUUGGGCUCAUGAUCUUCAAUGGUCAGCUGUACGUGAAACUUAACUGUACGAAACUUGAAUUUGAUGAAAGAUAAGGUGAACAUAGACGUUUUGUUGUAAUCAUUUAAUUUAAUAAUAACGUACAUGAUAACAUAUGUUUGGUUUUUAGACGUUUGGUUUGGAUAAAAGAUUUUUGAGUCACUUAAUUUGUCUCUUAGUAUUGACGAAUAUUGGUUAAUUUUGAUGACAUAAGCAAGUUAAAUGAAAACAUCCUUCUUUGGAUAUAUGCAUUUGUAAAUUUCAUUAUUAAAGGAUGGUGCCUUAUCGCUAUUGGCCAAUUGACUUUUUAGUAAAUGAAAUGAAAUGAAAUGAUGAAAUGAAAUGAAAUAACAUAUUAUUUCCCAACUGGCAUAAUACAUUUCGUGGUAUUUACAUAAUAAUUAUACAAUCCUUAACGUAAGAAAAUAUAAUAAUUACAAAAGUAUAAUACUGUAUAACUAAAUGGACAGAGAAAAAAUAAAAAUACCUUAUCAAAUUAAAAGGAAAAUGUCUACAUAGGCAGGGGCCUGUGCGUAGACAUGAGUUGCGGGUAAAUUGUUGUAAAUUGUUAAGUAUCAGUAGAACUUUGAGAGGAUCUUAAAUAGCAAAAGCAAUAUAUUUUAUUUGUAAAACCAGUGAUCUAAGAUGCAUUAGUUGUUUUAAUAAUUUGAUUUGUAUGACUAUUAUUAAUUAAAUAUGGACAUACAGUACUUCAACUAUUAAUAUUAUAAAACUACACAACUUAUAUUUAGAUAAUAAAUUGACGAUACGGGAAAUAUUGCUUGUGCAAUUGUAACUGGAAUUACUAAACAUUCUUAGUACAAUCAAAUUUGUAGAAUAAAUUCAGCAUGAAUUAAAUACCACCAUACUAAUGAAUGCAUUUUACUUAAUCACUGAUCAAUUGGACAUUCCAGGUAUUUUAAUAAAGAAGUAUUAAACC